AUGUCGUCGUUAGAACCGAGCUCUGCGGGUGCGCCCAUCGAUAAAAGUGUGCAAACGAUCAACUAUGUCUGCCAGUCGCUAUGCAUUAUAUUCAUGACGCUCUUCUUCGGACUCCGUGUCUAUACUCGCACGUUCAUUCUGAGUGGUUUUGGGAAAGAGGAUUGGAUAUGCGCAGUUAGCUGGUUCCUCGGUGUCGGCUACUCCAUCAUCGCAAUCAUCAUGGGCCAUUAUGGAGGAGGUUUACACUGGUGGGACGUUCGAGAGGAAAACAAGAUUCCUUACCAAAAGACAAUAUACGCCACAAUGGUGAUGUACGGACCAACUGCCUUUCUCACGAAAGUGUGCCUCCUCUGGAUCAUGGCUCGUGUGUUCAGUCCCUUCCGGAAAUACGUCAUCUUCAUCAAGGUCUUCACGGGUCUCAUGCUGGCCUACUAUAUUCCGGCGGUGAUUGUCAAGAUUCGAAUCUGCAGCCCAAUCUCCAAGUUCUGGGACAGUAGUAUCGAGGGCACAUGUCUAGACCAGACGGCGAUUAUUCUGGCUGAUGCUGUCGUCAGUAGCGUCAGUGACUUGAUCAUUCUCGUCUUGCCAUUGCCAUUGACCUGGUCUCUGCAAAUGACGACAAAGCGCAAAGUACGCGUUAUGGGUAUUCUGGGUGCGGGUGGUCUGGCGGUUGCAGCCAGUAUCAUCCGACUGGCACUCAUUGUCGCUACCGGGCAGUCAAAGGAUGGCUCUCUUGCGUUCAUGCGUAUCAAUAUGCUAGGUAAUGCGGAAGUCUCCAUCGGUGUUAUCUGCACUUGUCUCCCUUCGCUUUCGGCCCUCAUCGUCCGCGUUUAUCACGAAUAUUCCAGCAACAAAGCAACCCUAGAGACCAAUUACAAAAUGAGCACAAUAAAAAAUCAGGGCACGACCAACCGAAGCAAGAAUCAAAUCAGUGUCAGGGCGACAGACUCCGAUGAGGACAUGCUCAUGUACCACGCACAAGGAAAUCCGAAGAUUGAAACGAUUAUCCACGGUGCUAGUGAGCAGCGGCAAGGCACCCAAGCACUGAACUUCAAUGGCAUAGGUGUUACGCGCCUUAUACCAUCUGACCUUGAAUAUGAUUCGCCUAUGGCGAUGCUUUGA